AUGGCCCAAGUCCUCGGUGUAGUAGCCAACGUCCUCGGUGUCUUUGGCUUCUUUGCUUCCUCUUUCCAAAACCCCAACCCAAAUACCUGCAACGUCCGCGUUGCAGCAGCCCUGAACGGUCCCGAUCUCAGCGGUGCUGACGGAAGCAUCCAAGCAGUCCGUAUUUACAAUGAGAACCAACAACUUAUUGGUUCUCGAGGCGGCGGCUACAUUGGCAGUGGCGGCUUCGCUGACUUUGGCGUCCAACAAUCUAACAACCAGCAAGCCAUGUUUGUCCAGAUCCAAGCCACUAACGACGCAAUCUGUAUCCCAUAUGCAACUACUACCUUCGUAGAUGGCGCAAAAUACGGUUGGAUCGGUGAUUGGGGCGCCUUCUGCGGCUUGAACUGGUACUACGGUAACGUCGCAGUUGAUGGCAGCUACAAACCCAAAUGUACAUGGAUCGACAACGACCAUACCAACGACUUCAAAGCCGGCAUGCUAAUGAUCCACUGGAUCGACUUCACCAAUAAGAAAACCCAAGGCUCCCGCCCAGCCGACUACUGCCGCUACCCAGCUUUCCGCGCCUACACGCCCGAAGGCGGAUCCAUCUUCAAACGCGAUGUCGCCGAUGAGCCUACGAUCGUGGACCACAGACUCGUCAUUAGUUCCGAGCCUGGCCACAACGCGACUGAACUCUGUGCCAGCGACACUUCGCGUGGUCCGGACUUUGUCUCUCUGUUCGAAGGUAUCUAUUGCAACAUGGAGACUCGCGAGACGGUGCCUGUUUGCGACACGAGUGUGACGGAACUUUGCUUUAAUGCCGAGGCCAAGCAGCUGCAGAAGCCGGAUGGAAGGUUUGAGCAGAAGAACUUUACUGAAGUCAUCGCAUGGAACUGA